UACCUAUUGAGAAAAGGCUAAGGCAUACCCGGUGCUUGAAGAACCCGGUGAAUCUUGUGUUCCACAGACUCAGAAGAAAAAUCGGGAGGUUACUCUUCCGCUAAUUGUCAGGUUCUCGGGGCAGUGGGAAACAGAAGUUGGGACAUGGACAGCCGCUUGCAGGAGAUCCGGGAGCGGCAGAAGUUACGGCGACAGCUCCUUGCGCAGCAGUUGGGAGCCGAAAGUGCCGACAGCAUUGGUGCUGUGUUAAAUAGCAAAGAUGAGCAGAGAGAAAUUGCUGAAACAAGAGAAACUUGCAGGGCUUCCUAUGAUACGUCUGCUCCAAAUGCAAAACGUAAGUAUCAGGAUGAAGGAGAGACAGAUGAAGACAAAAUGGAAGAAUAUAAGGAUGAAUUAGAAAUGCAACAGGAAGAAGAGAAUUUGCCUUAUGAAGAAGAGAUUUAUAAAGAUUCUAGUACUUUUCUUAAGGGAACGCAGAGUUUAAAUCCCCAUAAUGAUUACUGCCAACAUUUUGUAGACACUGGACAUAGACCUCAAAAUUUCAUCAGGGAUGUAGGUUUGGCUGACAGAUUUGAAGAAUACCCUAAACUGAGGGAGCUCAUCAGGCUGAAGGAUGAGUUAAUAGCUAAAUCUAACACUCCUCCUAUGUACUUACAAGCAGAUAUAGAAGCCUUUGACAUCAGAGAACUGACACCUAAAUUUGAUGUGAUUCUUCUGGAACCCCCUUUAGAAGAAUAUUACAGAGAAACUGGCAUCACUGCUAAUGAAAAAUGCUGGACUUGGGAUGAUAUUAUGAAGUUAGAAAUUGAUGAGAUUGCAGCACCUCGAUCAUUUAUCUUUCUCUGGUGUGGUUCUGGGGAGGGAUUGGACCUUGGAAGAGUGUGUUUACGCAAGUGGGGUUACAGAAGAUGUGAAGAUAUUUGUUGGAUUAAAACCAAUAAAAACAAUCCUGGAAAGACUAAGACUUUAGAUCCAAAGGCUGUCUUCCAGAGAACAAAGGAACACUGCCUUAUGGGGAUCAAAGGAACUGUUAAGCGUAGCACAGAUGGGGACUUCAUUCAUGCUAAUGUUGACAUUGACUUGAUUAUCACGGAAGAACCUGAAAUUGGCAAUAUAGAAAAGCCUGUAGAAAUUUUUCAUAUAAUUGAACAUUUUUGCCUUGGUAGAAGACGCCUUCAUCUGUUUGGAAGAGAUAGUACAAUUCGACCAGGCUGGCUUACAGUUGGACCAACUCUUACAAAUAGCAACUAUAAUGCAGAAACAUACGCAUCCUACUUUAGUGCCCCUAAUUCCUACUUGACUGGAUGUACAGAAGAGAUUGAGAGACUUCGACCAAAAUCACCUCCUCCCAAAUCUAAGUCUGAUCGGGGAGGUGGAGCUCCCAGGGGUGGAGGAAGAGGCGGAACUUCUGCUGGCCGUGGACGAGAAAGGAAUCGAUCGAACUUCCGAGGCGAAAGAGGUGGUUUUAGAGGGGGCCGUGGAGGAGCACACAGAGGCGGCUUUCCACCUCGGUAACUUUUUAAGACGCUGAUUUGUUAAUGCCCCUAUACCUUCUUCACUGUAGUUUGAAUUCCAGUUGGGAGACUUUGUUUAGUACUCAGUUCCGGCUUGCACUUUGCUUUAACUUCUCUAACUUCUCUAAGCUGCAGGAAUAUUUUAGCCAAUCUCCCUCGAAGUUGUUACACAUAUUGUGUAGUUUUAAUCCAGGAAAAACAGAUCGUCCUGCCUCUGGGCAUGUGCAUGUAACUUAACAAUGAAACAAAUACCUUCCUUUCAGAGACUAAUGUGUUCUGAUAGAUUCCAACUAAUUACAAAGGCUUUUGCUUUUUAGAAAUAAUUUAAGUGAACAGUAAAAAAGACCCAAUCUGUAGUGUCAUACUAGUGCCAAGAGCAGUUGAUAAUAGACAUCCUGCCACUGCUGUCAUAGCAAACGGAAAGCUGUUUGGGAGCCUUGAUAAAAUGGAGUUGGGACAGAUGGUUAAAUUCUCUCAAAGUUUUAGCAUUUUCUUGAUGAAACAAUAAAAAGAGACUUUUUUUUUCUUUUCAAAAAAGUCUUAUACUCGGAUAUAAUUUGACUACUACAGAGAAAUUGAGAGAAUUUGAACAAAAUCAUCUCCUCCCAAAUCUAAGUCUGAUAGGGGAGGUUGGCGCUCCCAGCGGUGGGCAGGGGAAGAGGUAGAAUUUAGUAGGCAGACUUAAAAAGAGAGAAAAAGCUCAUCAUCAUUUCGGUUGCAUAGCUACAGAUGACUGUUAAUCGCACUUCUUAAGAAGCAAAGGAAGACAAAUAUCCAAGUGUUAGAACUUUGGUGUAGACUUGAACUUGGAUUGACCUUCAAAGUAGCUACAUAUUCCUUAGCAAAGUAAAAGAAAUGAGGCAACAACAGAGAGCCCUGGUUAUCAGGUGUUUUGGAGGCUAUAGUAUUUGGUGAUGAGGAAAUGACAUCUUCAAACUUGUAAUGGAGAAAACAGUAUAAAAAUCAAUGAUGGGAAACCCUUAAGACAGCUUAGAAAAUGGAACUGCAGUUGCCUUUUAUUAAAACCAUAUGGUGUAGUUUUAAGAGCCUGGUUUUGCAGAUCGGUUGGUUGUAUAAAACUUCCUGCUGUCAUUUCUCUUUCUAUACUGUAACUCAUGUUUUAAAUGAAUUUGAUGAAUGAAAUAUCAUUAUUGUUCUUGAAAAAUAUAUUUUUUAUUUUGUGUAUGAUUUUUCUAAUGAAACUUUAAACCUUUGAAAUGUGGGAGUCUGUUUUCUGUAAGUGGAAUUGCCUUUGUUACCAAAUGAAAAAGGACUGAUUUAAGAU